GGCAACUGCCCCACAGCGCUGCGGGACGGGCUGGCGUUGGCGGCCCGGUCAUGGCCCUGCCGCUGCUGCCCGGCUUCUCCCUCGGCCGGAACGUAGGGAAAGAAAAGUUCCACAAAUCGCAGCACUGGGGCUACUGCAAUAAUGUUGCUAUGCUGCUUGCAGAAGAUAAACCUGGAAUAGGAGGUGAACCACUACCUGGACAGAAGCUGACACCUAAAUCCAGCGUGUUUCCUGCAGAGCUGGGAUGUGGUGCUCCUGCCUGGUUAGCGUUUGACAAACAGGUAUUGUCUUUUGAUGCCUAUUUUGAGGAAGAAGUGCCUGAUAAAAAUCAAGAACCAUAUAGAAUAAGACACUGUAAAAUAUACUUCUACCUUGAAGAUGAUACAAUUCAAGUGCUUGAACCCCAAGUGAAAAAUAGUGGCAUAAUUCAAGGAACUAUUGUUCGACGUCAUCGGAUUCCACUUCCAUCUCCUAAUGAAGAUCAGUUCUAUACUAUAGAUCAUUUCAAUAUCAACGCAGAAGUGAUCUUUUAUGCUCGAAGAUACAAGAUUAUAGAUUGUGACCAGUUCACAAAACAUUUCCUGAGGAAGAUGGGAUUUAAAUUAAAUCCUCCAGGAAAUCGUCCAGAUGACCCAUAUACCAAAGAGCGACAAAAGAUCCUUGAUAGCGUGAACCCAUUGCGCCCCUAUGAGCGCAUUGACACUUUGAAACAAUUUCUGGAGCAUGAUGGGCAUGUUUUACGCUUUUACUGUGUGUGGGAUGAUCCAGAAUCCCUGUUUCAUGAUCCACGGGAGCUUGUUCUGCACUAUUACUUGUCUGAUGAUACUAUUGAUAUAAAAGAAGUAAUACCAGUAAACUCAGGCCGGGACGUAGUUCCACUUUUUCUCAGAAGAGAUAAGCUUCCAAAGUAUGCUCCAACUGGUUUGUAUCAGCCAGGCACGAUCACCAGUCGCACUGUUCUCAACGUAUUUGGAAAUUUAGUAGGAAAUAGAGGCCGUUACAUUCUGGACAAUCGUAAGACAGGAGCAGUGCAUCAGGAAUUUUACAGAGACAGCGACUUGAAAAUAGGGGCAGUAAUUAAUGUUUGGGGAAGGCAGAUAAUGCUCUGUGAUUGUGAUGAAUUCACUAAAGAUUAUUACAGGACAAAGUACGGAAUUGAGGAUUUCACCCCAGUUCCAUAUAAAGCUCCACCACCUCCAAAAGCAGAAAAACCUAUUCCACCAUAUACUGGAUUUGGUUCUGAAGAGGAUUCUCUGUGCUCCUGUAUGAGUUUGCUUCCCAAGCCUCCUCAAAAAGAUUUCAAGAAAUUCAUGGAAAAAGACAGAUGUGGUCUUGAAAGUAACACGCUGCGCUUUCUUGCAAAACUUGUUACUGAUAGUCCCAUUGACAAGGACAGGAAAUUCAUUAUUUGUUACUUCCUGAGUGAUGAUACUAUUUCUGUUUUUGAACAUUCACAGCGAAACACAGGGAUAAUUGGUGGGAAGUUCUUGGAAAAAGGUCGCAUUAAGAAGCCUGGGCAGGAGCUUUUUAAGAGCGAGCCAUCUGAAUACUUCAAGGCUCAGGAUCUGUUUAUUGGAGCCAGAGUUUGUUUCCAUGGCCACAACUUUCUUUUGGUGGAUGCUGAUGAGUACACUAUCAACUAUAUGGAGAAGCAUGCAAAUGAGUUUGCUGUGGCUGAUACUGGUUUCAUCUUCAAGAAACUGAAAGACAUAGCUGAACCUCGUUCCCGAGAAAUCAGGCAGGUGUUUGCAGCUGCUGAUCCUCAACAUACCAAGGUGAUAGAGUAUGACCCUUUCAGAAAUUUGAUAGUCAGUAUCACAGAUGGAGCCUUUUCAGAACAUGAGAUUAUGACCCUUGGGCGCCAUUACGGAGAGAAAGAAGAAUACGAAAUAGACCACCACUUCCUCCUUGCAAAGGCUCAAGAACAACUGAAGAAAAAUAGCUUUGAGAAUUUUGAACAACUGUCUACAAUACUUGUGUACAAUGACCGUGAAAAAUGUGGAGCGUUGCCCUAUGAGACCUGCAGGACUAUUUGCAAGUCCUUCAAGUUGCCAUUGUCUGAUGAUCUUCUACAAACUAUACUGACUAUGUUUGAAGAUGACCACAAGCAAGUGAACUAUAAAAAGUUUGUGGAUGCAGUGAACUGGAGAGAGCAUCAAAUCCCUUCUUUCCACACAAUAAAGCUUCCUCCUAAGAAUGAAGAUGACUGGAACGGACAGCCACCAUUCCUUCCUGUGAAAAGAAUCAAAUACUUGCCUCUUCUGGAUGACCUGUUUGGCAAAGAAGAAUGAUCUAAACUGUGAAAGUCACUGCUUUUGGAUUAGUGUUUCUGCUCCAACACUUACUUAGAUAUUGAAGACAUUUCAUGUAAAACAAAAACAAGACAGAUGCAGGUUUUAUUACAUUUCUUACUUAAACAUAUAUACGUACUUUGUGAUUUUUUUCAACUCCUAAAUCAACAGUACUCUUUAAUGCUUAUGCAACCAUAAUUAAAACUAUAAUCUUAGUGUCUGGUCAGAUGGAGAAUG